AUGGAACGUAGCAAAACACAGGUAAAUACCUUUCGCGUUUGUGUAAUAUAUUAUUUGACUGCUAAAAUAAUAUGAUUCUACUAGCAACAGGUUUGUAAGAUUAUUAUAGCUACAGCCUACAGCUAUAGUAGCGAGCACAAAAAAUGUGUAAUGAACCGGUAGUAUUGCCAUCAUGAAUUCAUACAGAUUCAACUUUUCUGUAAGUGUCACUAUUGCCCCUGGGUUUUCUAUAAACAAACGUUUAUCACGGCUGAUUUUAUUGUAAUUUCUCCCUUAUUAGCGUUUUGUUUCUCGCUAGGGUAGAAUUUUGAAUCUGUAUGUGUUCGCCUUUUUCUACCGAUUCCCGGGGCAUAGCUACUCUUUCUAUUUUAAACAAAAUAUCAAUGUACAUGUGGCGGAUAUAAAGUAUUUUAUAGCUUAACGGCAGGCAAAAAUAGUAAGCGUGAACAUUCUUUAAAAUGCGGAGAAAUCUAUUUUGUUCGAAUGUACAGCGAUCGAUCGAGAUGCUUGAACAGGUCGAACAGGUUUCAAUAUAAAGCCAAUGAACACUGCGUUAAUGUUGCAGCGGACUCGCUCGUCCUUUUCUCUCCUCAACCAUCAGGGGCACCCAACGGCAAUUUUCGGGAAAAUAUCUGUUCGGAAGGCGAUUUGAGAUCUAGAAUUUUCGGAGCAUUUGUUGUAACAUUUCUUGCUUGCCUGCCUCUCCUAGGAUUUUCGAACAUCUACAAAAUGGUAUAAUUACUCAUUUUUAACGGAUUUUGACCCUAAAAAAGGCCACCUAGAAUUUUCGGGAGCCUUUUCCUGGCUGAAAUUUUCGAGAAGGUAAGUUUUUAUCCCUAUAAUUUUCGGAUCACUAGAUAUUCAGCUAGGAAAUCCGAACAGAUGAAAAGUUUUUAGGGGAUAAAAAUAUGCCUAUAUCUACCGUUUGAAUACUAAAAUACGUUCAACAAUGCUAUGUUAAGUGGUUUUGAACUAUAUCCUCGUUGGGUGCCCCUCAACCAUUAUUAUCAGUGGGCUAAGUUGGUUGGCUUUGAUUAGUUUUAAACUAAUUUUUCUGCCCUUUUUUUACCAUAAAAAUUAAUUGCUCUCUCAUUUCCGAUAAUCUUAUUAUGUUUUUUGCAAAUUCUUUUGUGACUCAAUUAUUACCAGUGAUAUCUUCCAGUUCCAACCCAACAUUCAAACUAAUCAAUCAAUCAGUUUCAUGAACAAUAAACUGCCGAACCGGCCAUGACACUUCUCGUGGCCUCGGGCCAGGGUUAGACAACUUUGUCCUACUAACCUGCCGAGCAAAGAAUAUAUUAUUUUUCACUUUGUUUAAUUUUUUCAAUUUUUCAAAGAAAAUGUACAACUUCUUCAUUGGUAUAGCCAUCUUUAUGUGUCAGUUCCAUGGAGCCAAAUUUAUCCCUGGUAGGUAUUUUACUCCUUUCUGUGUUAAUCACUCAGAAAGUUUGAGUAAAUGUUUUCAUACUUUAAAUCUAUUACCGAAAAAAUUAUGCACAGUUUUACACAAGGUUGGUAUGAUGGCAUCUUUGAUUGGCUGGCUUCUCACUAUUCCUGAGAUUCGCUCGUGUCUAGUAUAAGGUGGCCAUGUUUUCAUUCCUUGAUAUUAAUCUUGUUCCUGUCUCAUUCAAGUACUUUGCUCUUGAAGGCAAUCACGUAGACACGAAAUAAAAUGAGUACCAAUCUGUUCAGCAUUUUACCAAAAUUCAUGACUUUUCACACUGUUUUCAAGAUGGAAUAGGGUGGCAGAAUAGCAUGACAGAUUAAAAUUACAACAUUUAAUAAUAAAGCUUUUUUUUUUUAAAGUUCUAACAAGUUUACCUCUUAAAUGAAAAUUGAUUUCAUUACCGUAUCACCAUCGUAUUAAGUUUUAAAAUUACACGAGAAUAACGUUUUUUAUUUUUUUUUCUGUGAGGAAGCGAAAAAGAUCAAAAGGAACCACAAGGUUCUAUCUUAUUACGUAGCAUAUUGGCUCCGUAAGGAUCUUGAGGGGGUACUUCGAUGAGCAAAGUAAAAAGAGAUGUAAACCAAUUCUUCUAUCCACUGUGACGAAUUAUAAGGAGGAAAAACAUGAAGAGUCUUCAGUUGUUUCAUUGAGAAGACGAAUUAUAAAAAAAUAUUUAAAUAUCUCAAGAGGAGCCCAACGUAAUUUUGGGGGUAUUUUCAGGGUUUUGUUCGGUUUCAGGUAAUUCAGUUGAAUGAUUAUUUCUUUCCUUCUUUGCCUUUGCUAUUUCACGACUUUGAGUAUGUGUUUUCGACCGGUGAUCAAGGAUAAGCUAAUUAAGGUUAAAGGGGCGGGAAUUACAUGCUGGCCCUGAUAAGGUGCCGGCAAUUGAAAGAACCUGCGGGUAACGUAGCUCAGCGCAUGUACUGUUCCAAAAACGGGCAUGAGUCAGUUGGUCGCGUGGCUCAUUAGGAACUAAGCAAGAAAUUAAUCACACAAAAAAAUGCGGUGAGAAAAGGUGCGAAAAGUUGGGAUUGAGAAAUGAAUAAUGCAGUGGGAUUUUUAGAUAGGUCUCAACCCGAGACCUCAGACUUCUAACACGGCCCUUCUAAAGAUAUUUUCCUAUCAAAGAAAUGCAGAUAAAAGCAUUUCGCUGGAAUUCCACGCUGCUAUCGACAAUACGUUAACGUCUUUGAAACUGAUCCCAAUGCCCCAACUACCGGUGGCAAAACUUUCGUCUUUGCAUGUAUUCCAACCCGAUCUUUUCCUUGUUUUUAAUAACCUCACUCAAGCCCCCAUGCAAGUGUUCCAGGAUUCUUCUUUUAGAGUACUUUUAUUUCAGCACUUUUUCAAUUUUAUACUUGUUCAAAGAGAGUUAUUGAAUUCCCUUCUUAGUGUGCAGACAAGACCAGAUCGAGAAAUAUUCGGCUCAGUGUGCGACUUACCUGAAGUACGGUUUCUGUACGGCUGCUAACAUGAGACACUUUAUAGAGCAGAAUUGCCCUGUUACCUGUAGAGUCUGUCAAGGUAAGUUAUAGACAAAUUCAAAAUUUACUGAAACCGACAUCCUCUGGCCACCAUUUUGUCUCCCAAAAACAAAUCUUGACAAAAAGAUUUUUCACUGAUCUUUUUUCUUUAAAAUCCUGUUGUUCGAAAGUGGAAAUUGGCCACCUAGCUGGUCAAUUUUUCAGGUACGACAAGAAAAGGUAGGCGCUGCUCUUGUUGGCGAUUUGUCGCAACAUUUUAAAUGUUUGAACAAUCACUUUUCACAUUAUUUCUGACUGCUGACGCAAGGAAACGUUCCCGGGUUCCCGGAUAUGUCGCAGCAUUCUUCUUGCGAUACGUUGUGACGUAUCCUCAUGAUCAUCGUGCCAUUUGCAAACGCACGUUUGAAGAGGCGCGUCGUCGAGGCUGGUGGACGUUGGGGCAAAAAGAUGAUAAGUAUGUGACUCAGGUAGUGCAAGACUUGUUCUGUUCUGGUGCAAUGCAAUAAAAAAGAUUAUUAUUCAUUCAAAAUAUUUCCCCGAUUCUAAUUGGCUAAAAGCACACGUUUAAUUCACCAUAACCAGUUUCUGAUGACCAAAUUUGGAAGAAUAUUGUGUUUAGCGAGGAAAUGACGUCAAAAAUGCAGCGUUCUUACACGUUAAUGCAUUGUUAACCGAGAAGACCUGGGGACGAAGUUGAGUUGUUUUCGUUGUGAACUUGAAAAAUGGCGGGCAUUUCACGCGUUUCAAGAGUGAGAGCUAGGCGAAAAAAGUAGCUAAAAACACGGCAAGAACAACAAGAAGACAACUCGAAGGGCGACAUCUGCUAUUUGGGGAGUAUUUGCGUAGCUGAACAACCCUAAACGUGCUCAGUCUAUCGAAGAUGAACUUGACAUCGAUGGAUCUAUGGAGGUAAGCAUGUUUUGGCCAGGUUUCUAAACUAGGAAUUAUUUUGAAUGAAUAAUAACACAAUUAUUGAAUUCGGCUUUUGUAUCAUAUGAAGGCCUACGGCCUCGACGGAUAACACCGUCCUCGAUCUCCACAAUUCUUCAUAGGAUACUCAGCCCUAUUCAUUAAUUGUUAAUUCAGUAUACUUUGCUUGAUCUUGUUUUAUUUUAUGUUAGUGGUACAACCUUCUACAACAUCACCGUCUACUUCAACCCAACCAGCUACAACAACGAUUACAGCUACAACAACGAUGCCAGCUACUACUACUCUACCACCGACUUCUACUCCGUUACCAACUAAAACUUCGUCUCCGACAAUUCCAGGUUAAGCUUCCUUCACUAUGCUAAUAUUCGGACCGUGCGUACCAUUCUACUUUUUCAAAAUUAUAUUACCCUUUCUCCCAUCGUUAAAUUUGAACAAUAUUUUAGGUAUAGCAACAACAUUUGCGGCUUUUGUCUCCCGGGUUUAGUAUAUCCACGCUAAACGGGUUAAGUUAAAAAAAGACAAAGGCUUCAUCUGUCUUACAAACCUGAGACCAAAACUGUGCGCUAAUUUUACUACAGCGGAGCAUGUCCCGGAGAAAAUGAUUGCCAUGAACACUUGAACCCUUCAUAUCUCAAGAACUUCAGAGGUCUGCGAUAUUUGUAGACAUUCAAAUGAAUCGCGAAACGUUAAUUUUGGUGCGUAUUGCUGAAUUAAGCUUAAAAUAACUUUGGUCAGGGUUCGGUGAACACUGUGCAAUAAGUUUUAAAUACCAUGUACAUUUAAUACAUUUCUGUAUAAGCUGAAUCGUAUUUGUUUGAAUCUACACGCUUGUUUGUAAUGAAUGAAAAAAUCAUUUUUUUGAUAUGCUGUUAUUCCUGUUAGGUAACUGUUUAACUUCAAAAUUUUCAUCUCUUUUUCUAUUCUGGGUCUGUUAAUUUUUUUUUCGAUAACAGUAUUGUCACAUGACUUGUAUAUGUAUACCGUUCAGCAUACUACUUUGCCGGAAUUUUUCUGUGAUUCGGAAUGGCAUGAAAGUAACAUCAUUUCAUAUUAAUAUUUUCUUCCAUCUUAGAUUACAUAUUAAGUGUUUGAGGUUGGAACUUACGCCAAAGUGUAUUGUUAACAUAAGGAUGUUCUCUGAAACUGAUGCAUUUGAUUAGAUUUGUCUUUUUUUUUUACUCCUUUUAGCUUGUGUGCCUAACCACACUGACAUUCCUACAUGUGUGCGAUAUGCAAAGAUGUUUGGUUUCUGUACAAGCAGCGUCAAUAGCAUAAGAAAAUACAUGUUUCAAAAUUGCGCGGUAACUUGCGGGUUUUGUAGAGGUAAGUCCCUAAAGAUUUGGCAUACGACUGCCUACUAAUAUCAAAGGGGCGGAUCUAGGGGGAGGGUGCAGGGGGUGCGCACCUCCCCCUCUCCCUGAGAUGACCUGCGGUUUUCUUAUACAACUGGUAUUCUGCAAAAAAAAAUAUGUGGUUUAUUGGUGUUGAAGUAGAGCAAGAGACGAGUGCAUCCCCUCCUAAAAUAAAUCCUGGAUCCGCCCCUGUAUCAACAAACUCAACUGCAGUAACAAUGAAAUCGAUACAAAGCUGAACAACGUUUCUUAACAAUGUCAUCUAAUGUUGCUAUUAGCCUGAAAUUCGUUUAUUUCUCUGCGUUAUAACUUAUGAAGCUAAGAAAAGGUUGACUUUAUGUGACUUUACACUAACAGCUUAAUAAAGCCGGCGCGAGUGCGGACUUAUCUAAAAGUUAUCCAUACUUAACCACUUACACGUAAUGCUGGCAGUCAGUAUCACUUUAUUUUGGGAAUUAAAUUUACACUGUUAUGCAACAGCUAGAUCUUUGUUAAGGUUUUAUGCGCUAAUGUUUACUUUUUUAAGUGUGUAACAGUGUCUUAGCCUCACGCAAUGCAUGUUGGGUCAACAUGUUUGGUCCCACUGCUAUGCUGAAAGAACUUAUUUGCGACGCUGCCUUGUUCUCAUGAAUAUCAGCUUAUCCUCAUUGUCUUCUGAAUUAUUAGUUCGGCACACCACGACACCACAACAAACGACGAAUCAAUCAAAGACAACUCCUUAUUCAAGCACAGGGGAUAAAACAACUUCAAAGCCAACGACUAAGCAACGGGAAACUUUCCCGCCAGCGACACAGCAGCCGUCAAUUACCUGGCCAACUAUAAAUAUGGACCUGGAGGCUUGGAAGUCACGGUGCAACAACUAUGUAUCAUUUUCCACAGCUCCUUCAGAUCAGGCUUCGUUCCUAGACACUAACACUUUCAUCCAUGCAAAUUUAUAG